AUGGCUCGGCAAUGGAAAGUAUCGGUCUUAGCCCUACAUGGAGCAUCCAAUACAAUCUAUGCAAACGGUUACAUGCAAGCCCGUGUUUACGUCGAAAUCAAAGCAGUCGAUUCAGUCGACAAUCUAGUUUAUUUGACGCCCGAGGAGCUUAAAACAAUUCAAUUGAUCGAUUAUCAUACCGGCGAAACACUGGGCCCUGAUUUGAUUUACACCGAUCGGGAAAACGAAUUCAACCACAGUGUUGAUCCAGUUGCAAUAUCCGCGACUAUCGCGAAUGAAUCCACCGAGCAUCCGGCAAGCCAGGAAAAACUCUACUGGGUUUCGGCCAAAAAGGUUGACCGCAGGGACAUUGGAGCAUGUAUUAAACAGCCCGAUGGGACGACAAUCUCAACACAACGAGGCACGGACUAUGAUUCCCAUGAUACAAUCAUAGCCACAAAUCCCUACAGGUAUACCAUGGAUAGUAUUGCUACCGUGGAAAAAAGGUAUACUGAAGAAGGGAUUUGGAAAGUAAAUUUUCAACAUGCGCUUCGCGAGGACCAUAAAUGGAAGCAGGAGAACUUUUUCAUUACGUCAAAGCGCCAUCCAUUCAAAAAGGCCGAAAUACACGAGUGCUACAGCGAUGAUCCAGAAACAUUACACAAUUGCUUCUGCUUGAGAUAUCAGGAAAAAGAUGCCCUCAGAUUGUACUACAUUUGGGAUUAUGCUACGGAAGAUACAAAGCAUGUCGGUCUUCACAAAAGAGAGGCUAAGCCCUUCUGGUUCGUUGAUAACGAUGCCACUGCUCAAAUCCGCAUCAGCCAGAAGCCUGAGGCUCUCUGUCUGACACGCAUGGUCUUUGUUACCGCCGACCUUACCGAUUUACAUAACAUUAUAAAGAACGAGGAACCAUGGCAACGCAAUGCUUGGUUUCGAUUCUUUGAUGUAUAUGGAAACUGGGGAGACUUCUAUGUGAAACCUUCAGAUCUGGGUGAUGAUUUUGUUGUGAGCGAUAAAAAUUAA